CUUUCAUGACCGAAAAGGCGGAAGUACAUUUAGUAAGAUUUCGCUUUAAUUUGACAUUCGAUUCCACGCUAAACCUCGAUUGAAAAGAUGACGAUGAAAGAUUCUGAACUCGCGACUGAGUUGGAAGCUAAGACGGAUUCGAUUAUUUUUUCUCUCAUGGAUGAGAUGAAGCAGCUGAGUCUUCAAGAAGGAAAAUCCUACACAACGGCAUCGAGCCUGGACGAUAUGAAAACCGCUUUGGAUUUUUAUGACAACAUCAUUGAGCAGUUUUGGAAAAUCGCUGAGAAUAUCGCAAAGACCUCCGCAGUGGAAGAGGAGCAUGCUGGUACAGUUUUUAUGGGAAGCUCCGGAGAUGGAACAUAUCUACCUGAGGUGUCAGACACUUUUGACAUGUACGUGAUGGAGGAGGAUUCCCAGUACGAAUUGCAAGAAGAUCUGGAGGCUGUUGAUCCAGAUUUUGUCAGCAAAAACCCUGGUUCAACUCAUCUGCUCAAGGUACUUCCGACAGAAAAGCCUGGGUACUAUCUUCUAACUUGGUCCGAGUACGGCCUGGUAUUAAAGCGGCGAUGGGAGGAGAAGCACUCUUCCGGACAGGCCAGUGGUGGUGCCACUAAGGUAACUACAGGUCCAACGCCGAUAUUUGAGAGGCUAAUUGAAUAUUCUGAAGAAAUCGAGCACGAAGGAGGGAAGAUCCAUAUAAUUUCACCAUACAAGAUUCGUCAGUCGUAGCUGAGGAAACCGCCGACCAGCAUUCAAGGCUGGCCUGUGUGGUUCAGAAUGCAGGACCACAAUUCACCUGCUGUAACUCUUCUCACCGAAGAAGACAAGGGCAUGGGAAAGAAGAAAAUCCAAGUGACUGACCUUGUCCUUGGGGUACGCACGACAAUGUCUUGUUUACAAGAAAAGUGGAUCAACGAUAAACAAGGUUCCAGUAAAUGGCUCAAGGAUGAUAUGCUGAAGAAGCUCCGUGACUUCAAAUGUUCGGUCGUAGCCAAGUCUUGGGAUUCGCAGGAGGAAAACCUGUCAGUCUGGAGAAUCUCCUUCUCUGGACCGGAGAGAGAAUGUGUCAGCAGUCUUCCCCCUGAGCCGAAGAUCUGCUUGAUAAUCAUGAAGGCGAUUCGCCGAAAGUUCUUGAGCAAACCAAAGGGAUUAAUCAGCUACCACAUGAAGACGGUCUUGUUUUACACUUUGGACAAAGUUGGGAGCGAUUGGAAGAGAUCGGAUCGAGCUGAAAACAUUCUAAGAUUGUUGGCAGCGGUCGCGGAAGCUCUAAAGUCGCGUUCACUUCCGUUGUACUUCGAGCCCAGGCUCAACACACUGGAAAGCAUGGAAGCAGAGAC